GAUAACCAUACCCAUCUCAAACGGACAUUGAAAGACCGCCACAUUUCGCUUAUUGCACUUGCUGGUAUUAUUGGUCCUGGUAUUCUUAUAGGUGCGUCCUUGGCCUUGGCUAAUGGACCAGCAUCGUUGAUUAUUGGCUUUGGAGUAAUUGGUUUGAUAGCGUUUGCUAUGAUGCAGUCUUUGGGUGAAUUAGCUACCCUUUACCCUACUGGAGGUACUUUUUCCACUUUGGGCAACCGACUUGUGGAUCCAGCGUAUGGAGCUGCCGUAGGAUGGAACUAUGUAAUUAUCUGGGUGGCUGUUUUGGCCAAUGAGUACAACACUGUAGCUGCUAUCAUGCAAUUCUGGGGUCCCCAGGUUCCAUUAUACGGUUAUAUUUUGAUAUUCUGGUUCUUUUUCCUUGGCUUUCAAUUUUUGGGUGUCCAGGCAUUCGGAGAGGCAGAAUUUUGGCUUGCUCUCACGAAAAUCGUUGGCCUUGUAGCUUUCUACAUUUUCUCCAUUAUUUACGUAGCUGGAGGUAUCCAUGGACAAAAGGCAUUUGGUUUCCACUACUGGAACGACCCAGGUGCUUUUGGUGAUGGUUUUAAGGGAGUUGCAAACACCUUUGUCUUUGCAUCCACUUUCUAUAGUGGAACAGAAAUCGUAGCUGUUUCAGCAGCAGAAGCUGCUAACCCUUCCAGAGCUGUUCCUCUGGCUAUCAGACAGACGUUCUGGAGAAUCUUGAUUAUCUACAUGGGUAUUGCUGUCAGUUACGGUUUGACUGUUCCUUAUAACGAUCCUUCGUUGAGCGCAGGUACCAAGGUUCUUAAGUCGCCAAUGACUAUUGCCAUCGCUCGUGCUGGUUGGGCAGGAGGUGCUCAUUUAAUCAAUGCGUUCAUCUUGCUCACAUGUGUUUCUGCCAUUAACAGUUCUAUUUACAUCGGUUCUCGUACCAUAGUCAACUUGGCUAAUGAGGGUGCAGCUCCUAAAUUCUUCAGAAGAGUCAAUAAGACAGGAGUUCCGUACGCUGCAGUGAUUCUUAUGAAUUUAUUCGGGUUCCUCUCGCUCAUGAACAUCAGUACAGGAGCUGCCAAAGCUUAUGGCUACAUCGUCAACUUGUCAGGUGUCGCUGUUUUUAUUGUAUGGGGAAACGUCUGUUUCUACCAUAUAAGAUUCAGACAAGCCUGGAAGCUUCAGGGCCGUUCUGUUUCCGAGUUGCCCUACAAGGGAUUAUGGUAUCCUAUCUUACCUAUUUUUGGAAUAGUCUUGAACGUCUUUUUGGCGUUGGUGCAAGGAUGGUCGUACUUCAAGCCGUUUGAUGCUGGUAAUUUCGUAGAUGCCUACGUUCUUUUGCCUUUCUUCGGCUUGCUCUACGUCUUCUUCAAGCUCGUCAACCGUACGAAGUGGGUAAAUUUGCUGGAAGUGGAUUUGGACGAGGGCCGUAGAAAGGAUGUCAGGGACCAUGUAACAAGUGGGGAAGAAUAG